AUGAGCAGCCUACGCCCCAAAUCAACCGUCGAGAUCGAACCGAUUCCUCCGGAUUCUUCUGCUUCCCGUCAGGAAUCAUCUGCGCCAGCAUCUCCGUCCGCAGACGCACAGAAUGGCCAUUCUCUUCAAAGCGUUGCCCACAAUGCCGUUGAAGAACGAAUCGGACAGAACUUCAACGAGCAGUUCGAAAAGCUUCGGCGAAAGAUACGCAGACUGGGAGGUGUGCGAGAGGCUGUAGACAAUGCAGAGAGCACCGCAACAAACCCGGGUAAAGCCAAGAUUCUGGCCAAAGCGAUUGAUCGUCUGACAGAACUGGAAGAAAAUAUAGGAGACUUGUCCUUCAUAAAUCAGAUCUUGGAGUCGCGUCUUCAGGAACAUGAGGAAUUCCAGGCUGGACACGCGCUGGCAAGUACAGUUGCACAGAGCGCGAUCAGCUCCUCAACGUCUGGAUGUGCUGCAGCCCCCGAAGUUGUCAAUUUAGGGGAUUCAUUGUUACCGCAAUUGCAGAGUGGCCAGGCCAUCACAGAACAGCAAAAUGUGUCUAAGAAGAGAAAGGCGACGGGAUCGCUCGGUUCUGAGCGGAACGACCCCGUCGCUUGCGAGUGUCUCGCGUGUGGAUUCGACUUGGUAUGCCCAAAGAUCGAGCUCUUAACGAAUCAGAAAGAUGAACUUGAGUCUGAGCUCGAGCGAGUGAGGGCCAAUGCAAUCGCCUGGCUUGAAGAACGCAACAGGCUGAUCAGGCUCUUAUUCGAUGAUAACGAAGACCAGCAGCAGCGUCAAACGCAGCCUACAGGAGCCGACGACAAGCCCCCACCAGAGAACAAAAUGUCCGUCCAACGACGAGCGAGGGCGUGGCUCGUUGCCAUUGGCAUUCUUGUUGGGGUUAAGAAGAAGGCUUGUGGCGAAGAGCACCAAUCUACCGAUCGAGCUCUGGUGCAGCUAUCAAAAGACGUCGAAGGACUGGAAUUGCCGUAA